GUGGCCUCUAAAGGUGGCAGUUGGUAACGUAUGUUAGUGCGGUGAAAGAAUGUCGGGGUUUCUCCUCCUACUGCUCUGGCGUCACGUUCUCUCCUCUACAAAAGCUACAUGGAGACACUGAAGCGACCGGGCGCGAACAGCGGCGGGUGUUCUGGGUGUCGGCGAAAGGGCUAAACGGAGGAGAAAUGAGGGCUUUCGGUUUGUUUUUUAGGUCUUCGUGCAGCCUGGUUGCCAGGCAACAAUCGCGUAGGGCGACGUGCUCUUCCGCAUCUCCCGGUGUAAAGAACGAACCAUGCUUCGGCUUGCUGUUUGACAUCGAUGGGGUUUUGGUGCGGGGAAAGACGCCCAUCCCAGCAGCCAAAAAAGCUUUUCACAAACUUGUGGACUCUAACGGUCAGUUCAUCGUUCCUGUGGUUUUUGUCACAAAUGCCGGGAACUGUCUGCGGCAAAAGAAAGCCGAUCAGCUGUCUCACAUACUGGGGGUUCCUAUCUCCCAAGAUCAAGUCAUGAUGUCUCAUAGUCCUCUGAAAAUGUUUAGGAAAUAUCAUGACAAGUGUGUGCUGGUAUCAGGCCAAGGCCCAGUGUUGGACAUCGCAAAAAACUUAGGCUUUACUAAAGUGGUCAGUAUCGAUAUGGUAAGAGAAUCGUUCCCUCUGCUGGACAUGGUGGACCAUAACCGACGACCAAAAGUGCCGUCCUCACCUAUUGUGAACCUCCCUAAAGUUGAAGUUGUGAUCCUCUUUGGAGAGCCAGUUCGAUGGGAGACCAACCUGCAGCUAAUUAUCGAUGUUUUACUGACUGCUGGGAAUCUGAGUAAUGUGUACGAAACAUCCCACAACGCUCAUCUGCCUCUCCUAGCAUGUAACAUGGACCUCUUGUGGAUGGCAGAAGCCCAGGCUCCGAGAUUUGGUCACGGCACAUUCAUGGUGUGCCUGGAGAACAUCUACAAGAAGAUCACAGGCCGGGAGCUGAAGUAUGAGGCUCUGAUGGGGAAACCCAGUGAGCUGACUUAUCAUUACGCAGAAUAUCUAAUCAGAACCCAGGCUGCAGAGAGAGGCUGGAGAUCACCAAUCACAUCGCUCUACGCUGUUGGGGACAACCUCAUGACUGACAUCUACGGUGCCAAUCUCUACAACCGCUACCUCGAGGAACGGCUGGCCAGGAAGAGCGGCAAAGCCGUUCAGCAAGCUCUGACAGGCACCGGAGCGUCGGUCUCUCAGGAAGAGGACACAGACAACGACUGGGAGAGCGAGUUAGCGUCUCCUUCCGCCACCUCCUGCAGGUCCGUCCUGGUGUGCACAGGCGUGUAUAACCCACACACUGAGCUGCUCCAAGAACCCAACCAGUGCAUCAAAAAGACCGUGUUUCACGGACACCGCGACUUCCACUUCGACCCUGCGCUGAUCGAGCCAGGCAACGUCGUCCAGGAUGCCCACGCUGCUGUCGAACUGAUUUUCGAAAUGGAAAAAUUUGCAACGGAGGUUUAGUCACCUAAAAACAGAAUACUAAAACCUUAAGCUUUUACUCUUUGUUCCAGUAAAUAUCUCCUAGUUUUAAGGAUAGAAAGCGAUGAAUAAGUCAUAAAGCACAAUGCUGAAGUCACUGUGGUAUUUUAGACCCAUAUACCAGAUAAAUAGAGAUGAUAAAAGGCUUAUAGGACUGUAACUUCACUUCACAACCGACAGAUUAGAUGACUUUUCCUUUGCUUGUGUGUUUUCAAACACAGUUUGACACAGGAAAUUGUCUUUUUUUAAUACUUAUUUUACAAUAUGUUACUGCAAAGUAAAUGAGCCAAACAUCAAAUCAAACAGUUAAUGUCGUUGCAUUUAUCUUACAGAAUUUUCCCUUAUUUUAUAUGUUCAAAAAAUGUCUGUUUUUAAACUGACCAUUUUCAUCUUUGUAUUUUUAAAGUUAUUUUAAGCUGGGAUUUAUAUUGAUGUACUGUUAAGCUUCCUAGGAUUUUACUUUAUUUGUAUUUCAUUUAUUAAGUUAUUGUUACAUUUCUGCACUACUGUUUGUUCAGUUGAGCUGUUCUGUGUCUCUGGCCUGUCUGAGCACACCACUGAUUCAUUAUAGUCUGACUUUCUUUUACAGUGCCUUACAGAGCUAUGACACAUGUUCUAUAUCUCUUGCACAUUGUAAAGGCAUGACAACUAUUAAUUAUAUCCAUCUAUAAAUCCAUUGUAUUUCCUACACGUGGUGUUAAUCCUGUAGAUUAAAAUCAAACCUCAAGACCUUUGACCUCAGAGGUGAUUAUAAAAGGCACACAGAGAGAAAGCGCUACCACUGGAGCAGAACUGCAUGUGUGAUAUCUUACUUUUCAAAAACUGUUCAAAGUAUUAAGAUUAAAUGUAAUAAAAUGCUAUCUCACUUAAAGCAUAAA